UAUUUUUUAACUGAUAAGAUACGAUUUAUUUGGCUUUGAAGCUUCUUCGCAGUCUUGCACAUUGUGGCAUAAUCUCUAAACCCAAGCGUUAGAAUUCCAAACGUCCGUAUAAAACAGUUGUUUUUCUUCCACCAGAGUUAAUUUGUGAAACGUGUCUGUUUGGGGAGGAUGAGAUUGAAAUAUUACUUAGGGGUAGCCUCCAUAUUGGUGUGGGGUGCCCAUUCCGCCCCGGAACUGCUACCGAAUCCUGGUUUUGAGAGUGGCCUCGCAAACUGGGUCCAUGCUGGUUUCACAAUGACCGCCGAUACGUCACAGCAUCAUAGCGGCACACAUUCUGGCAAGUGCACGGGAAGGUCAGUUUAUCUUAUAUCUAAAAAAUUGCGUCGGAAAUUAACGGAAAACGUCUUUAAAAAAAAAUUAGUUUUUGUUGGUAAAUAUGACGAUCAAGAGUAAGUUCAUUGAAUGUAGGGAUAUAAAUAGAACUUACAAAGCUAUAACCUUGUAUGCAAUGGUGUAGCUAGGGUUUGUGCAUUUCUGUAACAUUUCAUAUGUGGUAGUGUGUCACCUGUGGGACAAAGGAGCAAGCCCCUGUGUUAGGAGUGUUUAACCCCCCCCCCCUCCCCUCCCUCCCAGGCGUGUUCACACCCGAUGAAACAGGGCACGCCUGUCCUACGGGUGACCAAUCAACAACUCACGACGCUGACGUCAUGAGUUCACGGUGUGGGGAUGUAUGAAAGGCGGGUAAGUUAACUCAAGGAAAGUGGUCUGAUACUGAGUGUGUGAACUGAGACUUGAUGUGUGUGAACUGAGACUUGAUGUGCGUCAACUGCUACUUGAGGACUUCUAGACGUGUUUUAUUGAGAUUUGACUCUCUGUGCGAAAUGUGUCGACCACACGUUGAUGGUUCAAUAACGCUAUAGCUCCCAAGACCUGCAUUUCCUAGUUACUAUAACUUUAAACUCGGCUACAUGUAUAUUAAUCAAUAAAGAGUCAUGGGACGGUCUGUUGGAUUGUCUGUAGGACUAGCUGUGGGACUGUCUGUAGGAUUUUCUGUAGGCCUAUUGUUUAAAGGCCAGCAGGUAAGGUGCAGGACUGUCUGUAGGCCUUUGUUUAAAGGCCGCAGGUAAGGUGCAGGACUGUCUGUAGGCCAGUUUUAAAGGCCGGCAGGUAAGGUGCAGGACUGUCUGUAGGCCAGUUUUAAAUGCCGGCAGGUAAGGUGCAGGACUGUCUGUAGGCCAGUUUUAAAGGCCGGCAGGUAAGGUGCAGGACUGUCUGUAGGCCAGUUUUAAAGGCCGGCAGGUAAGGUGCAGGACUGUCUGUAGGCCAGUUUUAAAGGCCGGCAGGUAGGGUGCUUGUAGGUCAGUGUUUAAGGCCGGCAGGGAAGGUGCAGGACUGUCUGUAGGCCAGUUUUAAAUGCCGGCAGGUAAGGUGCAGGACUGUCUGUAGGCUAGUUUUAAAGGCCGGCAGGUAAGGUGCAGGACUGUCUGUAGGCCAGUUUUAAAGGCCGGCAGGUAAGGUGCAGGACUGUCUGUAGGCCAGUUUUAAAGGCCGGCAGGUAGGGUGCAGGACUGUCUGUAGGCCAGUUUUAAAGGCCGGCAGGUAGGGUGCAGGACUGUCUUUGGGGGCCUAUUUUUUUUAGAGAAAAUGAGAAGUUAAUUCAUUUUUUGUUUUUGUAACAAUUGAACCCAGAGGGUAUUUUCUCAAAAUAACCGGACCCAGUAAAAAAGAACACCACCAAAAAACUGGACCCGGUUCAGCCCUAGUUAUUUUUUAUUUUAACAGAACUCAAGCCUAUCAAGGUCCGGCACAGAUGGUUAACGUUAAAUCUGGUGGCCGUUACGCCUUCAGUAUUUACAUUCGUUUGGUCAGUGACCUGCCAGGCUCUAUGUACCAGUCAGCUGGAGUCACUAUUGACUUAAAACGAAAGGACAAUGGUCAGUAUUAAUUAUGCAUGAGUUUUUUUGUGUUUUUUUUUUUGGGGGGGGGUUGGUUUUGAAAUAUAUAUUUGUUUGUGACGGUGGGCGUGUGGUAGAGAUCAAGAGGUCGAUGAUAGAUUUUGUGUUGCAAUCAGUGUGUGAAACUUUUCAAAGCGCGCUCUUUUUGUUGUGAUUGAAGCGAUGUGUGCAGUCGUGUUUGUUGUACGGUGCUCUAACGAUGUCUUUUGUGGAGAGAUUAUUAGCAGCUAGGGUAACAGAGCCCUUUUAUCGAUGAUGGUUUUAAUGUGUUUGUUUUUGAAGUUUAUUUGCAUAUAGAAUGGGAAAUUAGUAAAUAUAGACACAAAUAUCGCACCUUUCGUUUACUGAUUUCAAAGAUAAACAGUAGUUUUUAAAAAAAUGCUAAGUGCUGAUAGAAAUGGUUUUCAUCUGGCCAUGUCAUUUUAAUUUACCCUCUACAGGAGUGGACGAAUACAUUCGUAUAACUAGUCGACCCUUCUUGACCGCUGCCGAUGGAUGGGUGCACCUAGGAGCAGAUUUUGUUGUGCCGAACCGAGGUAAUGAUUAACGAUUUGUAAAAUUAAUAAAUUGUCUCACAUCAUGGGGUUAUGCGCCCUUCCCCCCCCUUCCAACCCCCGGCCCUGUUAAAGCACGUGGUGUAGUGGUCGAAAAAGUUUCUCAAAGUCUCCAAGAUUUUCGUUUUGUUUGAAAUGUCCAAAGCCAUAAUCUAUAUCCAAAGUAAAUUACAUUUUGAUCAUUAACAAAAUCUGUCCAUGUCCGUCUGUCCAAGAAUACACCCAGGCUAAGAUCUACGUCGAAGGCCUGGCCCCGCACGUCGACUUUUACGUUGAUGACGCGUCGCUGAUGGAAGUAGCCGCAGACACCAAUUGGAAGGCGGAGGCCAACAGCAGGAUCGACUCUCUCAGGAAGAGCAACAUUCACUUCAAGUGAGACAAUUAAAACAUUCACUUCAAGUGAGACAAGUAAAACAUUCACUUCAAGUGAGACAAGUAAAACAUUCACUUCAAGUGAGACAAGUCUAUGAGAUCUAAAUGGUGGGGACAAUGUACACGGGGGUUAUUUUAAAAACAUUCAUUUCAAGCAAGACAAGGUUUUAUUUCAUCUAAUAUGAGACCCAAUGUGGACAGGGUUAAUUUCAAAAUUUUCAGGAUUUCAAAAAUUGAACAAAAACAAUAUCAAUUUAAAAAAAAUAUAUAUAUUUUUCAAAUAAAAAAAAAAAUCUUUAAUAUUGCCUUACUAAAUCAAACUCUUUUUAAAAAAAAAAAGAAGGAAAAAAAAAAUGAAAUCGAACCAAUGCACAGACGGGAUUUAAACAAAAUAAAAAGACCAACACAAAAGAUGGGGAUGAAUUAGAUGGAACAUUUUCUUUAAAAUAUGUAAAAGCAGAAAUUAUUUCUUUGAAAAUAAAACCAGAUUUGACUUCACAUCCACAGUUUCAACGUAGCUUCAAACUUCAACGUCAACGACCUCAGAGUGCAGGUACGUCAUGGUUCAACAUCCGGUAAGACUAGGGGAUAUUUAUUUACGAAACAAAAGUCAUUGUUUUAAAAAAGAACAACUUCUAGUCUAUAAGUUGAUGAACAUCUUAACUAGAAGUCCUUGUAGGUCUUAAAGUCACCUUGAGGGUAAAAAUAGUUUCUAUUCUAAUUUAAGUCUAAACAAAAAGUAGUUGACUCCAGCGGUUGAGGGGGACGCUUUCCAAGAAAGUCUGAAAUCUUUUGUCUUUUAAUUAUUAUUUUUUUUAGAAAUCCUCCAUGGAUUAAAUCUCUUUGUUCGAGUCUUACAUAGCAAUUCAUUGAGGGGCUGAUGUGCAAUUUAAACAUAACAAUAAUGUUUUACGAUUUUUUGCAAGCAGCUAUUGGGAAAUCGUUUAGAGAGGACGUACAUCGAUGACGUCGACUUUCAAAUAUUUGUUGACUCAAUGUUUUAAUAAAAAAUCGUAUUUUUCAUUCCAUUGAAUAGUAAUCUUACAUGCCAUUGAAUAGUAAUCUUACAUCCCAUUUAAUAGUAAUCUUACAUCCCAUUGAAUAGUAAUCUUACAUGCCAUUUAAUAGUAAUCUUACAUCCCAUUUAAUAGUAAUCUUACAUCCCAUUUAAUAGUAAUCUUACAUCCCAUUUAAUAGUAAUCUUACAUCCCAUUUAAUAGUAAUCUUACAUCCCAUUUAAUAGUAAUCUUACAUCCCAUUUAAUAGUAAUCUUACAUCCCAUUUAAUAGUAAUCUUACAUCCCAUUUAAUAGUAAUCUUACAUCCCAUUUAAUAGUAAUCUUACAUCCCAUUUAAUAGUAAUCUUACAUCCCAUUUAAUAGUAAUCUUACAUCCCAUUUAAUAGUAAUCUUACAUGCCAUUUAAUAGCAAUCUUACAUGCCAUUGAUUACUAAUCUUGUAUCCCUUUGAAUAGUAUUCUUACAUGCCAUUGAAUAUUGAUCUUACGUUCCAUUGAAAUGUAAUCUUAAAUCCCAUUGAAUAUUAAUCUUACGUUCCAUUGAAUUGUAAUCUUACAUCCCUCUUUAUAGUAAUCGUGCACUAUAUUGAAUAGUAAUCUUAGGCUACAUUGAACAGUAAUCUUACAUCUUCAUGUUCAUUAAGCUGUAACUCCUCCUCCCGCACCCCGUCUCAAGGCUUCCACUUCUGGUGCUACAAGCUUUCCCAUGUGUAUCUGUCAUGAGCUAACCUCUCCCUUGUUGGAUCUUGUGAGACAAAAUUCAAACAAAUACAUUUUCUUGUUUAACACUGGUCAGAUUGACCACACCAAGCAUCUGUUCGCCUUCGGCACUCAAGCGACCGCGGACUACAUCGUGAGCCCCGACUACCGUCAGUUUCAGAACGUCCUGUACCACAUGUUUAACUGGGUCACCAUCCAGGAAUACAAGUGGCCGUACAACAGGGGAACCAGGGUGAGCCGACACAUCAACAACAACAAAAAAAAAAAAAAAACUUUUAUGUUGAAUCUCUGUAUCACUUCUUCAAAAGAAUUUUUUAAUUAUAAUAACUUUAAAAAAAAAUUAAUAAUACUAAUUUUUUUUUUUAAUAAAAGUGGCCGUACAAAAGGGGAACCAGGGUGAGCCGAAACAUCAAAAACAACAAAAAAAAAAAAAAAACUUUUAUGUUGAAUCUCUGUAGCACUUCUUCAAAAGAAUGUUUUAAUUAUAAUAACUUUAAAAAAAAUGUAAUCAUCCUAAUUUUUUUUUUAGAUACUUGCUUUAAAAAGGAUGUUAUAAAAUAUUAUCUUGUUCUCAUAAUAAUGUUAAAAAAUUGUAUGUAAUUUAUAGGAGCAUCCAGAUUUUUCAGUCGCAGUGGCGGCAACUGAUGAACUUAGGAAACAUGGGUAGGAAAUAUUGCAGUUUAUUAGAAAAUAGGGGUUGGAGAUGUAGCAGUAUAUUCGAAGAUUUGGAUAGGAAAUGCAGCAGUGUAUUCAGUAAAUAAUUCUUCUAAUAUUAGUGCCAAAAAGCCCUUUUAAAAUAUUGAUUUAAUUUAGUUUUAAAUGCAUACUCAACGCAGUUUUAUUUUUUAACCUCCAUGGCCCAGAUUACAUGUACGUGGUCACUGUAUGUUCUGGGCAGUACCCGGAAAUCAGCCAAGCUAUGCAACACCAAUGACUGGUCAAGCCCUGAAAGAUACAGUUGACCAACACAUCAAGUACAUCACUGGAAUCACUAAGGGGAAGUAAGUCUGUGUUAAUAAAAAAACAACAAAAAAAAACAAGACGUAGUUAGGUCUCUUGUCAGAGCCAAAAAAAAUAAAAAAAAUAAUAAUAAUAAAAAGCUCUAGCUAAUGAAAUUAUUAAAAAAAGUUGUACAUGGAAAUUAUUGCGUACUUCAUUUCGGACUUCCAACAUUUAUUUGUAUACAUUGAUGUCUUGUUGUUUUUAGUUUUUUUAAAUAAAUUAUUUAAAGCUACCUUUAUAACAAUAAUAAGUUUUGUUUUUUUAUGAAAAGCUACUUAACUUAAAUAGUAAUCAUGCCUACGAUAUUUCAAUCUGCCGUUGUUUCUCUUGUCAGUUCGUAGAUUAUGUGAGUGAUCCCUUCACGACUAAAACAAAAUCCCCUCUCUCUUUUACUUCAUCUUCUAUCACAUUUAAGCAACACCAACAACAGUAAAAGAAACAUCGUUUAAUGUAUACGUAGAAUAUAAACUCUAAAAUGUUGCAAUAAAAAAUAUGACACACAUCUGAUCCACAAUGUCAAAGUUUAGUUUUUCAUUGUCCAUUAUUUUGUUUGUGUCCAUCUAAUAAAAACAACUUAUCAACACCAACGUUGCUCUGUCUCCCCCGCCAGACUGUCGCAUUGGGAUGUGGACAACGAGCUUCUCCACGGCCAUUUCUUUGAGUCCAAGACUGGCGACCAGCACUACACGUACCACAUGUUCCAGGCCGUGCACGCAGCUGACCCCACGCCGAGACUUUUCCUCAAUGACUACAACGUCGUGGUCAGCGGGGAUUUCACUUUGGUACGUUCACACAGUCAUGGUAUCACACUUUUCUAAACUGAUCGUUCGGGCUAACAUCAGUAGCACACGUGCGUCAUACGCGCAGCCUAUAGGAAUAGCUAAGAUGUUCAAACUUAUCGACACAUUUAGGUCAUUAAGUUUCUCAAGACUUUCAGAGUGCACACAUUGUUGUCUCGCCCAGUGAGGACAUCACAUUUUGGUAAUUUUGUUUAAGUCGCACUGUACAGUCCGGUUUUAAACAGAAAAAAGCCUAGCAUGUUGACUGUUGUGGUGAUGACGACUGUUUCAGGGCAGACUUUUUGCACGACUCACACACACACGGCCGCAGAACUUGAGAAGGGACAUUAAUAUGAACAAGCCUUCAAACCCCAAGUGCAUGAUUCCCUCACAAAGUGGCACUGGAAAUCAGUGAAAUGUCCUCAUCAACACUAGGCACAGAAACAUUGCAAAUCCCCUCUACAUGCAUAGGAGCCAAAAUUAUCAAUAAAUUUAUCGUGGGCCCUUAAUAUAUAGGAGAAGAAGAAGAAGGUGUAAGUUUAAAGUUUCUGCUCAAAUAAAGCCUUAAGACACCAAAAGAAGUAAGUGUAAUCCAAUGAUCAAAUACGUUGAUCCAAUCCUGUGAUCCUAUACAUUGAUCCACUGCACUAAUAUAAUCCAUUGAUACCAGUCAUAUACUCAAAGAGCCGCCAGAGCAGUCAGGACUGUCAGAGCCAUCAGGGCUGCGAGAAUAGUCAGGGCUGUCAGAGCAGACAGGGACCUCAGAGCCAUCACAGUCAUCAGUCAUCAGAGCUGUCAGAGCAGCCAGUGCUGUCAGAGCAGUCACAGCUGUCAGAGCAGUCACAGCUGUCAGGGCAGUAAGAUCCACCAGAGCUGUCAAAGUAGUUAGAGCUGACGAGCAGUCAGUGGUGUCAGGGCAGUCAAUACUUAUGGAGCAGUCACGGCAGUGUAAGAGCAGUUUGUUCUGUCAGUGCAGUCAGGGCUUUCAGGCCAGUUAGAGUCAUCUGAGCUGUCAGAGCAGUCAAGGUGGUUGGGGAAGUAAGAGGAGCAAUCAGUCAUCCGAGCAGGCAAGGCUUUCAGGGCAGUCAGAGGAAUAAACCAUCAGAGAUGUCAGAGUAGUUAGGGCAGUAGAGACCGACCGAAAGUGAUUUUCUGAUUUCAGCCGAAGCCGAAAUUAGGCCGAAAGUUUAAAAUGACUUUCAGCCGAAACCGAAAAAAGGGUCGAAAGUUUAAAAAUGAAUUUCGGCCGAAACCGAAGCCGAAACCGAAAAUGAAAUAUUAAGAUAUUUUGAUAUUCGUUCCCGCAUACAUUCUGCAUACAUCGAAAACAAUGUGGGAAAGUAUAAAUAUUUACAUUCUUUUAUAAAAAAUGAGAUAAUCGUGAAUAUCAAUAAAUAAACAUCUAAUAUAGGGGUCUCAAACUCGUGGCCCGCGAGCCAUUUGUGACCCGCAAGACGAUAUUUUUUGGCCCGCUACAUGACGAAAAGAUUUAGUGUAAAUGCGUCGGCCCGUUUCCCCCAUUCUCAUAUCUAUAACGUGACUCUCCGCGACGGUUUCAGUCGAAUCUCACCGACUAGUCUAAUUCUGAUUAUUUUUUAAUAUAUUGUUGUAUGGAACAGUGAGGAGGUGUAUGAAAGUGAAUCCUAGUUCUUGAGAACCCUUAAUGAUUUUAUUGUUAUUUAUAAAGGUUGAGCAGAUUGUAACAGUAGUUGUAAUCGCGUUUUCGUGGAUUACUUGAUGCGGCCCACUCUCAUUCAGACACUACCUCCUGCGCCACCCACCCCCGAUGAUUUGAGUUUGAGACCUUGAUCUAAUGAAUACUUAGGAUGUUACAAUUUUAAUUUAAAAGUAAUUUAAAUUGCUAUACAAGUUUAAAAAAAUUAAUAUGGUAGGAGAAAAUUUGGCAAAAAUGGGGGGGGGGGGGGGAAUUAAUGCAAAUAUUAUUUUUAAACUGGGACUCUAAAAAUUGUGGUUCUAAAAGAUCGUUUAAUUUGUUUUUAAAGAUUGUUUAGUUGGUUGUUAUUGAUCGGUUAGUUUGUUCUUAAAUAUCGGUGAGUUUGUUCAUAAAGAUCGCUUAGUUUGUUCUAAAAUAUAACUUAGUUUCAUCUUAAAGAUCGCUUAAUUUGUUCUUAAAGAUCGUGUAGUUUGUGGUUAAAGAUCGUGUAGUUUGUUGUUAAAGAUCGUUUAAAUUGUUGUUAAAGAUCGCUUAGUUUGUUGUUAAAGAUCGCUUAGUUUGUUGUUAAAGAUCGCUUAGUUUGUUGUUAAAGAUCGUUUAGUUUGUUAUUAAAGAUCGUUUAGUUUGUUGUUAAACAUCGUAUAGUUUGUUCUUAAAGAUCGCUUAGUUUGUUCUUAAAGAUUGCUUAGUUUGCUGUUAAAGAUUGCUUAGUUUGUUAUUAAAGAUCGUUUAGUUAGUUGUUAAAGAUCGUAUAGUUUGUUGUUAAAGAUCGUUUAGUUUGUUGUUAAAGAUCGUUUAGUUUGUUGUUAAAGAUCGUUUAGUUUGUUGUUAAAGAUCGUUUAGUUUGUCGUUAAAGAGCGCUUAGUUUGUUGUUAAAGAUCGUUCAGUUUGUUCUUAAAGAUCGUCUAGUUUGUUGUUAAAGAUCGUUUAGUUUGUUAUUAAAUAUCGUAUAGUUUUUUGUUAAAGAUCAUUUAGUUUGUUGUUAAAGAGUGCUUAGUUUGUUGUUAAAGAGCACUUAGUUUGUUGCUAAAGAUUGCUUAGUUUGUUGUUGAAAAUCGUUAAGUUUUUUUUAUUAAAGAUCGCUUAGUUUGUUCUUAAAGACCGUUUACUUUGCUCUUAAAGAUCGCUUAGUUUGUUGUUAAAGAUCAUUAUGUUUGUUCUUAAAGAUCGUAUAGUUUGUUUUUAAAGAUCGUUUAGUUUGUUGUUAAAGAUCGCGUAGUUUGUUCUUAAAAAUUGCUUAGUUUGUUGUUAAAGAUCGCUUAGUGUUUUCAUAAAGAUCGCUUAGUUUGUUCUUAAAGAUAAUUGAUUAUAUACCUUAAGAUCGAUUAGUUUGUUCUUAAAGAUCUUUUAGUUUGUUCCUAAAGAACAUUUAAUUUUCUGUUAAAGAUCGCUUAGUUUGUUGUUGAAGAUCGUUUAGUUUGUUUUUAAAGAUCGCUUAGUUUGUUGUUAAAGAUCGUAUAGUUUGUUGUUAAAGAUCGUUUACUUUGUUCUUAAAGAUCGUUUAGUUUGUUGUUAAAGAUCGUUUAGUUUGUUCUUAAAGAUCGUUUAGUUUGUUAGAGAUCUCCAGUUUUUGUUAAUGAUUGCUUUAUUUGUUAUUACAGAUCGUUUAGUUUGUUAUUAAAGAUCGUUUAGUUUAUUCUUAAAGAUCGUGUAGUGUGUUGUUAAAGAUCGUAUUGUAUGCUGUCAAAGAUCGUUUAGUUUGUUGUUAAAGAUCGUUUAGAUUGUUGUUAAAGAGCGCUUAGUUUGUUGUUAAAGACCGUUCAGUUUGUUCUUAAAGAUCCUCUAGUUUGGUUUUAAAUAUCGUUUAGUUUGUUUUUAAAGAUCUUAUAGUUUGUGGUUAAAGAUCAUUUAGUUUGUUGUUAAAGAUCGAUUAGUUUGUUCCUAAAGAUCUUUUAGUUUGUUCCUAAAGAACAUUUAAUUUUCUGUUAAAGAUCGCUUAGUUUGUUGUUGAAGAUCGUUUAGUUUGUUCUUAAAGAGCACUCAGUUUGUUGUUAAAGAUAGUUUAGUUUGUUGUUAAAGAGUGUUUAGUUUGUUGUUAAAGAUCGUAUAGUUUUUUGUUAAAGAUCAUUUAGUUUGUUGUUAAAGAUCGCUUAGUUUGUUCUUAAAGACCGUUUACUUCGCUCUUAAAGAUCGCUUUGUUUGUUGUUAAAGAUAGUUUAGUUUGUUGUUAAAGAUCGUAUAGUUUGUUGUUAAAGACCGUUUAGUUUUCUUUUAAAGAUAGCUUAGUUUGUUGUUAAAGAUAGUUUAGUUUGUUGCUAAAGAUCGUUUAGUUUGUUGUUAAAGAGCGCUUAGUUUGUUGUUACAGAUCGUUUAGUUUGUUGUUAAAGAUCGUUUUAGUUGUUGUUAAAGAUCGCUUAGUUUGUUGUUAAAGAUCGCUUAGUUUGUUGUUAAAGAUCGCUUAGUUUGUUGUUAAAGAUCGCUUAGUUUGUUGUUAAAGAUCGUUUUGUUUGUUGUUAAAGAUCAUGUAGUUUGUUCUUAAAGAUCGCUUAGUUUGUUAAAGAUUUCCAGUUUUUGUUAAUGAUCGAUUUAUUUGUUCUUAAAGAUCGUUUAGUUUGAUCAUAAAGAUCGUUUAUUUUGCUGUUAAAGAUCGAUUAGUUUGUUGUUAAAGAUCGCUUAGUGUUUUCAUAAAGAUCGCUUAGUUUGUUCUUAAAGAUAAUUGAUUAUAAACCUUAAGAUCGAUUAGUUUGUUCUUAAAGAUCUUUUAGUUUGUUCCUAAAGAACAUUUAAUUUUCUGUUUAAGAUCGCUUAGUUUGUUGUUGAAGAUCGUUUAGUUUGUUUUUAAAGAUCGCUUAAUUUUUUUUAAAGAUCGUUUAGUUUGUUUAUUAAAGAUCGCUUAUUUUGUUGUUAAAGAUCGUAUAGUUUGUUGUUAAAGAUCGUUUACUUUGUUCUUAAAGAUCGUUUAAUUUGUUGUUAAAGAUCGUUUAGUUUGUUCUUAAAGAUCCUUUAGUUUUUUAAAGAUCUCCAGUUUUUGUUAAUGAUUGCUUUAUUUGUUAUUACAGAUCGUUUAGUUUGUUAUUAAAGAUCGUUUAGUGUAUUCUUAAAGAUUGUAUAGUGUCUUUUUAAAGAUCGUAUUGUAUGCUGUCAAAGAUCGUUUAGUUUGUUGUUAAAGAUCGUUUAGAUUGUUGUUAAAGAGCGCAUAGUUUGUUGUUAAAGAUCAUUCAGUUUGUUCUUAAAGAUCGUAUAGUUUGUUUUUAAAGAUCGAAUAGUUUUUUUGUUAAAGAGCGCUUAGUUUGUUGUUAAAGAUCGCUUAGUUUGUUGUUAAAGAUCGCUUAGUUUGAUGUUAAAGAUCGCUUAGUUUGUUGUUAAAGAUCGUUUAGUUUGUUGUUAAAGAUCGUUUAGUUUGUUACUAAAGAUCGUUAAGUUUGUUGUUAAAGAUCGCUUAGUUUGUUGUUAAAGAUCGUUUAGUUUGUUGUUAAAGAUCGUUUAGUUUGUUGUUCAAGAUCGUUAAGUUUGUUGUUAAAGAUCGUAUAGUUUGUUGUUAAAGAUCGUUAAGUUUGUUGUUAUAGAUCGUUAAGUUAGUUGUUGAAGAUCGUUUAGUUUGUUGUUAAAGAUCGUUUAGUUUGAUGUUAAAGAGUGCUUAGUUUGUUAUUAAAGAGCGCUUACUUUGUUGUUAAAGAUCGUUUAGUUUGUUAUUAAAGAUCGUUUAGUUUAUUCUUAAAGAUCGUAUAGUGUGUUGUUAAAGAUCGUAUUGUAUGCUGUCAAAGAUCGUUUAGUUUGUUGUUAAAGUUCGUUUAGAUUGUUGUUAAAGAGCGCUUAGUUUGUUGUUAAAGAUCAUUCAGUUUGUUCUUAAAGAUCGUAUAGUUUGUUGUUAAAGAUCGUUUAGUUUGUUGCUAAAGAUCGUUAAGUUUGUUGUUAAAGAUCGCUUAGUUUGUUGUUAAAGAUUCUUUAGUUUGUUAUUCAAGAUCGUUAAGUUUGUUGUUAAAGAUCGUAUAGUUUGUUGUUAAAGAUCGUUAAGUUAGUUGUUAAAGAUCGUUUAGUUUGUUGUUAAAAAUCUUUUAGUUUGUUGUUAAAGAUCGUUCAGUUUGUUCUUAAAGAUCGUUUAGUUUGUUGUUAAAGAGUGCUUAGUUUGUUGUUAAAGAUCGCUAGUUUGUUGUUAAAGAUCGCUUAGUUUGUUGUUAAAGAUCGCUUAGUUUGAUGUUAAAGAUCGCUUAGUUUGUUGUUAAAGAUCGUUAAGUUUGUUGUUAAAGAUCAUAUAGUUUGUUGUUAAAGAUCGUUAAGUUUGUUGUUAUAGAUCGUUAAGUUAGUUGUUGAAGAUCGUUUAGUUUGUUAUUAAAGAGCGCUUAGUUUGUUGUUAAAGAUCGUUUAGAUUGCUUUUAAAGAUUGCUUAGUUUGUUGUUAAAGAUCGCUUAGUUUGUCGUUAAAGAUCGCCCAGUUUUUGUUAAUGAUCACUUUUUUGUUCUGAAAGAUCGUUUAGUUUGUUCAUAAAGAUUGUGUAGUUUUUUUUUUAAAGAUCGUAUUGUUUGUUGUUAAAGAUCGUUUAGUUUGUUGUUAAAGAUCGUUUAGUUUGUUGUUGAAGAGCGCUUAGUUUGUUGUUAAAGAUCGCUUAGUUUUUUGUUAAAGAUCGUCCAGUUUUUGUUAAUGAUCACUUUUUUUGUUCUUAAAGAUCGUUUAGAUUGAUCAUUAAGAUCGUAUAGUUUGUUGUUAAAGAUCGUAUCGUUUGUUGUUAAAGAUCAACUAUUUUGUUGUUAAAGAUCGUUUAGUUUGUGUUUAAAGAUCGUGUAGUUUGUUCUUAAAGAUUGCUUAGUUUGUUAAAGAUCGCCAGUUUUUGUUAAUGAUCGAUUUUUUUUUUUUAAAGAUCAUUUAGUUUGAUCAUAAAGAUCGCUUAGUUUGCUGUUAAAGAUCGAUUAGUUUGUUGUUAAAGAUCGCUUAGUGUUUUCAUAAAGAUCGCUUAGUUUGUUCUUAAAGAUAAUUGAUUAUAUACCUUAAGAUCGAUUAGUUUGUUCUUAAAGAUCUUUUAGUUUGUUCCUAAAGAACAUUUAAUUUUCUGUUAAAGAUCGCUUAGUUUGUUGUUGAAGAUCGUUUAGUUUGUUAAACAUCUCCAGUUUUUGUUAAUGAUUGCUUUAUUUGUUAUUACAGAUCGCUUAGUUUGUUCUUAAAGAUCGCUUAGUUUGUUGUUAAAGAUCGUUUAGUUUGUUGUUAAAGAGCGCUUAGUUUGUUGUUAAAGAUCGCUUAGUUUGCUGUUAAAGAUCGUCCAGUUUUUGUUAAUGAUCACUUUUUUUGUUCUUAAAUAUCGUUUAGUUUGUUUAUUAAGAUCGAGUAGUUUGUUUUUAAAGAUCGUAUUGUUUGUUUUUAAAAUCGUUUAGUUUGUAGUUAAAGAUCGUUUAGCUUGUUCUUAAAGAUCCCUUAGUUUGUUAAAGUUCUCCAGUUUUUGUAAAUGAUCGAUUUAUUUGUUCUUAAAGAUCGUUUAGUUUGAUCAUAAAGAUCGCUUAGUUUGCUGUUAAAGAUCGCAUAGAUUGUUGUUAAAGAUCGUUUAGUGUUUUCAUAAAGAUCGCUUAGUUUGUUAUUAAAGAUCAUUGAUUUUAUUCCUUAAGAUCGAUUAGUUUGUUUGUAAAGAACAUUUAAUUUUCUAUUAAAGAUCGCUUAGUUUGUUGUUGAAGAUCGUUUAGUUAGUUGUUAAAGAGCGCUUAGUUUGUUAUUAAAGAUCGCUUAGCUUGUUGUUAAAGAUCGUUUAGUUUGUUUAUUAAAGAUUGCUUAGUUUGUUGUUAAAGAUCGUUAAGUUUGUUGUUAAAGAUCGCUUAGUUUGUUGUUAAAGAUCGCUAGUUUGUUGUUAAAGAUCGUUUAGUUUGUUGUUAAACAGUGCUUAUUUAAAGUUCGUAUUUUUUGUUGUUAAAGAUCAUUUAGUUUGUUGUUAAAGAUCGCUUAGUUUGUUAAAGAUCUCCAGUUUUUGUUAAAGAUCGAUUUAUUUGUUCUUAAAGAUCGUUUAGUUUGAUAAUAAAGAUCACUUAGUUUGCUGUUAAAGGUUGCUUAGUUUUUUGUUAAAGAUCGCUUAGUGUUUUCAUAAAGAUUGCUUAGUGUUUUGAUAUAGAUCGCUUAGUUUGUUCUUAAAGAUCUUUUAGUUUGUUCCUAAAGAACAUUUAAUUUUCUGUUAAAGAUCACUUAGUUUAUUCUUAUAAUUCAUUUAGUCUACUAUUAAAGAACAUUCGUUUUUUCUUUAAAGAUCAUUUUGUUUGGUCUUAAAAAUCGUUUAGUUUGUACUUUAGAUCGUUUAAAUUGUUAUUAAAGAUCGCUUAGAUUGUUCUUAAAGAUCGUUUAGUUUGUUUUAAAGAUCGUUUAGUUUGUUCCUAAAGAACAUUUAAUUUUCUGUUAAAGAUCACUUAGUUUAUUCUUAUAAUUCAUUUAGUCUACUAUUAAAGAACAUUCGUUUUUUCUUUAAAGAUCAUUUAGUUCGGUCUUAAAAAUCAUUUAGUUUGUACUUCAAGAUCGUUUAGUUUGUUAUUAAAGAUUGCUUAGAUUGUUCUUAAAGAUCGCUUAGUUUGUUUUAAAGAUAGUUUAGUUUGUUCUUAAAUGUCGCUUAGUUUGUUGUUAAAUAUCGUUUUGUUUGUUCUCAAAGAUCGCUUAAUUUGUUCUUAAAUGUCUCUGAGUUUGUUGUUAAAUAUUGCUUUUGCUGAGUAUUAAAUGACCGAAAACCUGAGUCACUUUCGGCCGGAUGGCCGAAAGUCUAAGUCAAUUUCGGCUAAACCGAAGAAAAACCGAAAGUUAACUUUCCUCUUUCGGCCGAAACCGAAAUUAAGUUGAAAGUUAACUUUUCACUUUCGGUCGAAACCGAAACUUUGCCGAAAGUGAUAAAAUGGCCAGUUUCGGCGCCGAAACCGAUGCCGAAGCCGAAAUUCGGUCGGUCUCUAUAGGGCAGUCAGAGUUGUCAGAGCAGUAAGGGUCUUCAGAGCAGUCAAUGCAGUUAGAGCAGUAAAAGCUGUUGGAACAGUUUAAGCCAUCAGAGUCGCAGAACUGUCAGAGCCGUCAGUGCUGAUAGAGCAGUCAUAGCAAUCAGUGCUGUCAGAGCAGUCAGGGCUUAGAGUCAUCAAAAUGACGGAGCAGUCAAGGCUAUCAGGGAAGCAAAUGGAAUCAAAGCAGUCAGAGUAGUCAGAGCAGUCAAAUUUAUCAGAGUCAUCAGAGCAGUCAGCGCUGACAGCAAGUCAGAUUAAAAAAUUAUCUUUUUUGAAUAAGUUAUCGUGAUGUGUCGUGUCUCUCUGUACAAAUUUAAUGUUUUAAUUAUUUUUUUUUAACUCUUCAUUCUCACAGGCUUACUUGGAACAGAUCAAACAAUUUAAGGCGGCAAAUGUCGGUCUCGGGGGUGUUGGCGUUCAGAGUCAUUUCCAUCACUUCGAAGCCCCUGACCCAACUCUCAUGAAGGUAAAUCAUUCUGGCCUUGUAUUCAUGUUAUGUCUUUGACGUGAUAGACUUCGCGGGUGACACUUAACGGGGGUGGACUUCGUGGCGGCAUAGGAGGCGUGGGUGGCAUAGGAGGCGUGGGCGGCAUAGGAGGCGUGGGUGGCAUAGGAGGCAUGGGCGGCAUAGGAGGCGUGGGUGGCAUAGGAGGCGUGGGUGGCAUAGGAGGCGUGGGAGGCAUAGGAGGCGUGGGCGGCAUAGGAGGAAUAAGGGGAAGAGGGGAGGUCAUUGAUUUCCAAUACUUGUGAAAUCGGUUUUGUUUCGUUUCUUCGUCGAUAUUACAAAAAUAAUUUUAAUCAUUUGGUUGAUCUUCAGAGCUGAUAUAUUUCAUUUCUUGAAUCAACUUAACUGGUAACUAUAGCAAGAGUUAUUAGGAAAAAAAAAAAGUUGAAAAAUUUGUAAUCAUGAAUAAUUUUUGUAAACGUUGCCCGAUUUAAAAAAAAUAUAAAGAAAAUGUUUAAGGAAUUUUUUGUUUCUAAUUUUCUAACCUAAGCAAUUCCAAAAUGAUUUUUUUUUUUUUUUGCUUUGGAAAAGGGAAGUCACAUACAGUUUUCAGUGUGGAGAAUCUACUGUUUCCUUUCACACUCAGACGUAAUACGCACAUUGACAUACACUUGUGUUCCCUAGAGUAGAAGAUAUACAGAAUCUUCAACCUAGACUUAAAAAGUAUAAAGUUACACUGCAAGCGUUUUGAUUUAUUGACAGCACCGUUUGGACCUCCUGGCACAGCCUGGCAUACCGAUAUGGAUAACGGAACUGGAUCUGGCAGCCCCCGAUGAGAACACGCGUGCUGAUUGGUCAGUAAGAUUCCUUAUCAAGAUUUUGUUCAUCCUUUGGGAAGCACCCGACCCGCACGUAGUUCUAACCCAAACGAAUAAUGAAACCGUCAACAACGGUGGCAUGAUUUAUUACUCAAAAUACAGAGCGUGCAGUGCCAACCCCCCCCCCCCCUCCAGCUAAAAAAGAGUAAACAAAAUAUUAUUUAAACAUUUUUGUUGCACGGUUUCCAAUGUACUAAAAAAAAAAAUACGCAACAGCCCCUCCUCUUAAUUUCCAAAUAUUCCCGAAAUCUAUCUCAAUUUAAAAACAUAUUCCCACACCCCCUCUCGAUUAAAACAAAAUAAUUCUGAUAACAAAUGUAAACUCCCCUGACACUGACCACCCAAGGGUAGCGGGCAGUACCCGUUUAAGAAUCCCUUUUAUAGAAAACAAUAGUUAAAAAAAAAAAAAAGCAUUCUCUUUUAAAAUUGCAAUUUAAUUUAUUCUUAUAUAUCGAAGCCCUAGAUUCGAAUUUCGUGUCUUUUUAUACACAUUGAUUUGAUUAUUUUUCGUUCUUUGCACGCGAAGAUGACAAAGGUUUCGAGUCGAGAGGUAGACUUGACUUGAGCUGUAUUUUGUUUAAAAUGAGGGUACGUUGCUCAAUGCGUCCGCCUCACUCUCUCAUCCCUGCCUCUUUGCUGCAAUGGUAAGACCUAGUCAAGACCACUGGAUAAAAAAAGACAAGCAUGCAAUAACUGACUAGCGAGCAGCGUGUCUUGCGUCUCACUGUGCCCUUUGUGCGUUCCACGUCGAAGAAGUUGCCGGAGUUUUCAUUGUGUUCAUGUCAUGCCGCAUACGCGACUCCACCAACGGGUUUGAAUUUAGAGUUUUCCUUCUCAUAGCGGCUGGUGGUGGUUUUUUUUCUUGUCAAGGAUUUUGCUGGUGAUUAAACUACAGUCCAGAAGCCUGGGCUCGACUCAGUUUAGACCCCCUCGUCAUCCACACCAAGGCGUUGAUGAGUAAACUUGCAAUUAAUGGUUCCUUUAAUAUCUGUCCUUGUCUUGAUUUUUUUUUCUCCCCAGGUAUGAAACAGCCCUGAGACUUUACUUCAGUCACCCGGCUGUUGAAGGGAUCAUUUUCUGGGGAUUCUGGGAUCACAGCAUGGAUCCCCAAAUGGCCCUUGUCCACGGCAAUUCAUUCACGGUGGGUUACUCUUCAUAAGGCGAUCAAACGUCAGGCUUGAACAUUUAAAACAAUUAAAAUCACUGGAAAUAAUUAUACACAUUCAAAGCUACAUCCUCUUACUCCAAACACAAGCCCAAGUCCUGAUUUUGGGAUCUUCGGCACAUUAUACAUUUUCGGAAAAACUCCAUGAUCAAGGGAAAACAUUUUUUAUCUCUCAUUUAUUAUAAAAGAAAAAAGUACAUCAAUUAAGGGAUGGGGAAGUCAAUUAAAAAUUUCCCUUCACCCCCCCCCCCUCCCAAGAAUUAGCAAUUUCAAGAAUCCUUCACUUUUUUUAAAAGGAUGAACUUUGGAGAGUUGAGUUUUUAAGAUAAGAAUAUUUUUUAUAAAAAAAAAAAGUACAUCAAUUAAGGGAUGGGGAAGUCAAUUAAAAAUUUCCCUUCCCCCCCCCCCCCUCCCAAGAAUUAGCAAUUUCAAGAAUCCUUCACUUUUUUUAAAAGGAUGAACUUUGGAGAGUUGAGUUUUUAAGAUAAGAAUAUUUUAUUGAUCGACAUUAAUCGACAGAUUUUGUGUGUGACUACAUUGUACAUAUAAAACAGCCAGCCCAUCGACAAACAUUCUUAACAAGACAAAACACUUUUAAAGUAGAACCCUUUAAACAAAACACAUCUAACGGACUCGACAAGCGCAAAAAUCAGCUGUCAGACGUCAUGGAACUUCACUCCCUUAGUGACAAUAUUGGCUGUUGACUGUCAUAGCGAUUAUUUAGACUGCAUAACAGCCGUGGGAGCAUGGUGGUAAAUUCUGAUAGAUCUUGGGGGGGGGGUGGGAGGGGGUUAAAUUCUUAAUAUCGUUCGGGCCUAACUUGGAGGGAAUGGUUCACCCUUUAGGCCAGUGGUUCUCAACCUUUCUAGUGCCGCGACCCAUUAACAGAGUUGAUCGUGUCGUGGCGACCCCCAGCCACACAAGUAUUUUCGUUGCUACUUCAUAGCUGAUAGGAUAUGUGUUUUCAGAUGGUCUUAGGCGACCCCUGGAAAAGGGUCCCGCGACCCCCAAAGGGGUCGCGACCCACAGGUUGAGAACCGCUGCUUUAGGCGAUGAUCCUAUGAACAGUGACAAAGAGAGUUGGGAUGUAUCCAUAAGAUUAUUAUUUUUUUUUAGUUUUACAAUGCAUAUUGCAUCAAAUAAUUAUUUAAGUGAAGGUCGUUUUGAUUGAGCGACAUGGCUCGAUUUCUUUCUAGAUAAGUCUUUUUAACUGUUGUUUGAUGAACAAGGAUGAAUUACCACACCAAGUUAUACUUAAGUUCAGUAGGCUUCCAAUUGUUGCACUAUAAUAUAUUUUAAUAAUUAAUUGUUGUAAACAUUCAAAAUUAUUUGAAUACAGAAUAUAAUGGUUAUAAUAAUCAUAAAAAUAAUAAUGGGCAAUUGAAUUUUUCUGAAAAACACUAGCCACUUCGUGUUAAAAAUGUUUGGUGCAUGAAAACAAAUUUGUAAAAUUGUGUGAAGUUUUCUUAGUCACUUUCGGACAAUGUGAUUUUUAUCCACAGCUGGACAAAGCCGGUGUGCGUUACCUCCAUCUGACUAAAGAAGAAUGGAGCACGCAUCUGAACAGAUCGUUGUCGUCGGGAACAUCUUUCACCGUCAGGGGUUUCCAGGGAGAUUACAACCUGGUCGUGUAUUACAAAAACAAACCUAUCAAGAUACAAUCUUUCUCUGUGGGGAAGACGGACGCCACGGUCAAUGUGCAAAUAUCUGGAGACGGACGUGAGUAACUGAUGGCUUCCACUUUCAAUCCUUUCAUUUAUAUAUUUACCAAGUUUGAAUUCAAAUUUUGAAAUUUUGAGAUUUUGAAAGGAACUUCAUCUCGUCAGGAGAAUUUUCAACAUAUAAAUUAUAAGUUUGUAGGAUUCUGGAGAUUUUAAACACAUUGAAUAAUGCAUUUAAUUCUAUUUAAUCAAAAAGUAUAGUUGAAAUACUUCACAAUAUUUAUUUCAUUCGUGGUUUCUAUUCUAUUGGCAAUAUAUAAAUCAAAGGGCGUGUUUUGAAAAAUAAUAUUAAAAAAUUUUCUAUUGUAAUUUAUUUUAAUUCAUUUUAUUUUGUUUCUCCUUAAGGUGAGAUCCAACUCCCGGUCCAGCACAACCCAUUCGCGAGUGUCGCCGUGACCCACUCCACCACCAGCGUCGGUCUGAGGAACGAGGGCACGGCCACAUCGACGUCCACAAACCAUCAGCUGUCGUGCGUCACCAGGUGGUCAGCCGUGUCCGAGGUGGGAGACGACAAAGCGGUCGAGGUGUCCUGCAACGCUAAUGAGAUACUCACCGGCUGUACCAGCUACCUUAAGGUAAGGACUGAAUGGUUGAUACUGACUUACUGUACCAGCUACCUUAAGGUAAGGACUGAAUGGUUGAUACUAACUUACUGUAGCAGCUACCUAAGGUAAGGACUGAAUGAUUGAUACUAACUUACUGUACCAGCAACCUUAAGGUAAGGACUGAAUGGUUGAUACUGACUUACUUUACCAGCUACCUUAAGGUAAUGACUGAAUGGUUGAUACUAACUUACUGUACCAGCUACCUUAAGGUAAGGACUGAAUGGUUGAUACUAACUUACUGUACCAGCUACCUUAAGGUAAGGACUGAAUGAUUGAUACUAACUUACUGUGUCAGCUACCUUAAGGUAAGGUUUGAAUGGUUGCUACUAACUUACUGUACAAGCUACCUUAAGGUAAGGACUGAAUAGUUCAUACUAACUUACUGUACCAGCUACCCUGAGGUGAGGACUGACUAUCUGAUAUUUACUUACUGUACCAGCUACCUUAAGGUAGGGCUUGAAUGGUUUGUUACUAACUUGCUGUUCUUGUUACCUUAAAGUAGUCGAUUUUUCUUUCCGGUUACUUAAAGUCUAAACAGUUCCUGUAGCAAAUGUGCCUACAACUUAAGUUAACGUUUCCUAUGAAUAAUUUUAAAUUUUUCUUUGAUCGACCACAACGUGUAAUAGGUGUAAGAGAAUAAAUGCGCCUUAACAUGUGGUCGCUUCUUUACAAAACUUUCACCGCGUCUUAACCUCAAAUUGAAACUUCAAAAUUUAAUGCCAAAUAUUAAACAGCCAAGACACAUUUCUACUUUAUUCAUAAACUUAUGAUGACCCAAUUUUAUGUUUGAUUGUGUAUGUUAGUUGUGGAGGACUUUGUCAAGGUGAGUCUCCAAGAAAAAUCCAAGCCUGUUCACGACGUGUGUUUUUAGGGAUUUAAAAAAAACUAAUUUACCACCAACAUUGAUCAAUAUCCCAGAUGUAAUCAUAAGUAUGUGCUCCACUUCUGUGACAGAACAACGAUUGGCACCGAGAUGGAGAACAGAUUGGGUUCAGCAACGGAAAGGCCACUUGUAAAGCCAUCAACGGCUUCAGGACCACGCUGGGUAAGGAAGACAACCCUAUCAUUAUGAACUUACUUCAUAAAAUAUAAUAAAUUUAGUUGAAAGUCACAACCGCUCUUAUUAGAGGAGAGUUUCAUCCUUUCCUUUUUUUUUUUUUUGUUGGGGGGGGGGGGUACUUUGAAUAUACGUUGUUUAAGAGAAGUUAAAUGGGUUUAGUUAAGUGUUUGCCUUCUUUUUUGUUAUCAAAUGAUCGUUUUCACAAGGUUCUUUUUCAAUUUAAAAAAAAAAAAUGUUCUCAAUUAUUUUUCUAAAUGUGUUGUUGAAAUUAUUGUUCCAACUGACAUGAAUGAAUUGCACAAGUGUACCAUUUGAAAGAGUUGCUCUCAGUUUCGGCUAAGAGAGUUUGUUGCUACAGACGAGAACUAAAAGUACCACGCCCCUUCCAUCAUAAAAGUUAAUCUGUCAUCUUUACUAGUUCUCGGUGUUUAAAAGCCAUAGAACAUUCUCUUUCUUAGCUCGGUGUUUAAUGGCCAUAGAAGAUUCAGUUUCUUAAAACAUAAGUUCGAAUGAAGAAAAACUGUUCUUCAAAAAAAAAAAAAAAAAAAAAAAUAAAUAAAAAAAAAAGUCAAAAAAAAAAAAAAUAUUAUAAAAAAAAAAAAAAAAAAAAAAAAAAAUUAAUUAAUAAUUCCAAUGGUAAAAUGUGGUAAAAUAUUGAGAGUGUUAAGAGUAUAUAUUAUAUUCGAUAGCUUAUUUCAAGAGAAAACGUGCUUUUCCUACAUGAAGCCAUAUUCGAAUUAUUUCGGAAAUUUUAGCUGAUAUCCCAAUCUCCCGCAAGCGUUCUAGCUAUGGGUAUUCUAGCUAAGCCAAGGAAAAAAAAAGACCUUCAGACAUAUUUUAAAGAACACAUUUUUUUGUAUGAGUUUAAACUUGAGAUUGCUCUUUAUGAUUUUAAACUGGGGAUUGCUCUUUAUCCGUUCCACGCCGCAGGAGUUGUCGGAAUUUUCAUUGUGUCAUACCGCCUACGGGACUCCAUCUCUGCGGGUUUGCGUUCAGAAAUUGCCUUCUUUUAGAUGAUUUGCCUUCUGUUAGAUGAGAUGAUUUGCCAUCCAAGGUUAACGCAUCUCGUCCUUCCAGGGUGAUGGUGUUUUUUUUUUUUUGGCGUGUCUAGGCUUUUUUUUAGGGGUUUUAACUCCAGUCCACAAGCACGUGAUUGACUCAGUUUAGACCUUCUGUUUCUCCUGGAUCCUUCAUCUCGUCCUUCCAGGGUGAUGGUGUUUUUUUUUUUUUUUGGCGUGUCUAGGCUUUUUUUUAGGGGUUUUAACUCCAGUCCACAAGCACGUGAUUGACUCAGUUUAGACCUUCUGUUUCUCCUGGAUCCUAAUUUACAAAGUCGCGUUUUACAUAUUGUUUUUGUUAUUGUUGAAUACAUUUAAAAUAAAUUUUUGCUAGCAUAAAAAGAAUUUUGUCGAUCUUUUCACGGUGAAACAUAAAUAUGCAUUGCGUGUUUUAUCCCUAAAAUCCCUUUCUUUUCUAUUGCGUUUGGUCGAAUAUUCAGCCCCCCCCCCCCAAUUUUUAAAAAUUAAAAGUAUAUAGAAAAAAGUGUUGUCUAGGGCGGACCGUCCCCCUUCCCACUAUUCUAAGCCAAUGAAGCUGAAUUUUCAUUUUCAGCAGGUGCUAAAUGUAACUUAAAGCCCACGUAUUCUUUAAAAACUUCUUUUUUAAAAUCAAAUAUUCUAGGUUGUUUUUACGUCAUGAAAAUCAAACAAAAUCACAGUGAGAUAACAGUAAAAAAAAAGUCGACCAUAAACUGAAAGAUUUAUUAUAUUAACAAUCGGUUUAAAAAAAAAUUCUCAAAAUCUUUUCGCGGUCAAGAAUUGUAUCAUCUGGAACUUCAUAGUCAAAUUGUCUCUUUUGUUUUUGCAUCGAGAUCUUAGCUAUUUUGAAUAAUUUUUUUUUUUUUAAAUCUGAAAUACGCCCCCACACCCCUUUGUUGUUUAUGUUUAUUGUGUCUCCUGUUCCCCCCAGGUAUCCAGGCCAGCGCCAGGUGUUGCAGUCUGAGUGGACUGACGUGUACAUACAAGACGGCCGGACCAUCAGGACAUGGGGUAGAUGACCAGGUCGUUAUCCCGUGUGGUGCUGAUGGUUACCCUCUAGGUCAGUGGUUAACCUAACUUUUCACAUUCUCGGUGUCGUUGCUGAAUCAUGGGUUUUCCAAAAGUUGAAAUAAUAAUAAAUUCUUUGUUAAAAAAGAAAAAAAGGGUUUGCGAAAUAGAGAAUAAUCUUUGUAGCUUUUCGAUCGUGUGAUUUUUUAAAUUUAAAUUAGCUGUGUUUAACACGCGUUCACUUCAUGUGUUUAAUUGAUGCGUUUGCUUCCUCGUGUUGACCUAGGCUGUGCCACAUUUACCUACAUGUCCGACUCCGAUGGUACCCUCAUCACGAACACAUCCUGCGUUGGUCAAAAUGACGGUGUCACUGCCGGUAAGAUGUCCGUCCAAUAGUUUCAUUAUCUUUUUAUGUUGAAACUUGCAGCCGAAAACCGUUUUUUUUUUUAGUUUGUCUCUAAACUUAUCAAAUAGCACUGAUUAGGUUUAAAUUGUUAACCCCCCUCCCCCCUCCCCAGUGGAGUGUAGGCGAUCAACAACCAUCUUUCCACGCCUUCCGGUCUGUUGCAAUCUUCUUCGAAUCUUUCAUCACUUUUCGACGGUUACCGGAAAUUUGAUCGAAAGAAAUUUCGUCGACGGUAAAUUGAUCGACGGUAAUUUGAUCGAACGGAAAUUUGGUCGAAUCUUUUUUUCAAUUCACACGUUAAAAUUUUCAUAAUUUUCUUUUGAACGCUCCAUAUUAUAAAGUAAAACAAAAUAAUGCGUUCAAAAUUAAACUUAAAGCAAAAUUUUAACGUAAAAACUUUAAAAAAAGCAAAGAUUCGACCACAUUUCCGUUCGAUCAAAUUACCGUCGAUCAAUCUACAGUCGACGAAGUUUCUUUCGAUCAAAUUUUCGGAUACGCUUUUCGCCCUCUCUUCGCUGGUUGUUUUCGGUUUCCUCGUUUCUCUUGAUCCUGGAGGGUUCCGUAACAGUGCUCUUCCCUUAUUAUUUUUGGCAUCUGUUUCCUUAGCUUAUGUCUAUAUCCGACACUAUUAAAUAUCAGCAACAGGGGAUUCUCUAAAUAAUGUAAGAAUCGCAACCAUGUCACAUUUCUACAACCACCAUGAUGUGAUCUAAUCAAGAAACUGAAUAAAUCAAAUUUAGGUCAGACUAGCAGGCGCCGGUUUACAUAACAGUCUAGUGUUUAGAAAUAAAGUCUUUUUUAAAAAAAGGAUAUUUUCGGAUCGUCACGGAAAAGCAUUCAAUGUUAUUAAUAAUUUAAAGUACUUCGCUGUUGCAACUUGCAAAAAUUACUCCUUUGGUCUGACGGUCGUACAUGCAUCUAUUUCAGGUGUUUUCUCAUACGCCGCCUGCUGCAAAGGUGGAAACAUCAAAUGCACCACCGUCCACUCAGCGCCCGGCGGUCAUCCGGUUGGUGCCAGAUCCACUGUCCAGUGUCCGGCUGGUCAGGUCAUGACGGGAUGCAAUGUGUACACACCCAACUCUAAGGCUGCCGGGGCCUUCAUUGAGAGUAAGUAUAGUUAACUUCUGCAGUGCUGCGUUAAAUUGUUUGGUUUUAAUGUGGUGGACAGAGCUGUAUAAAUUAUAAUAAUUAAAGGUCUGCAUUCAAGCUAAUUAAAUGAAAUAGCAAAACGAGGUAUGUGGAAGCUUGAAUUUAAGGACAGGACAAUAAGAUUAGAGCAUUUCGGCAUAGAGCCUUCCUCGGAGAACAGGACAAAUGAAAAUAUCACAAGAAAUAGAACACAGUAAACAACUCAAGAAAUAUCCAUUGUUGUAUAAAUAAGCUGCUUUCAUGAAUAUGUUGAUUUCUCACUAACAAAAUGUAACACUAACAACAUGUCCCUCCAAUAGCAUAACAGUAACAAAAACAGUUUUAUGAGGUGUCGAUUCGUGUUAUCUUUUCACACACCUAGGGGUUUAGCUUUUAUGAUAUUAUCAAAUCCGUGAACCUCGAAACAAUGGCGUAGCUAGGGUGAGGGCCGCCACGGGUGGGACAGGAUCUUUGCCGUCCUCUUUCACGAAAAAAAACAACAACUCUGCUAUCGGUCCAAAAUGGCGCAAAUCCAAAUAAAGGAGAAAGCCCCCCCCCCCCAACCUGGGGUUUAGUUUUUAUGAUAUUAUCCAAUCCGGGAACCUCGAAACAAUGGCGGAGCUAGGGGGAGGGCCGCCACGGGGGGGACAGGAUCUUUGCCGUCCUCUUUCACGAAAAAAAACAACAACUCUGCUAUCGGUCCAAAAUGGCGCAAAUCCAAAUAAAGGAGAAAGCCCCCCCCCCCCCAACCGGGGGCAUACCUCUGCCCAGCUUCAUACUCCUCUGCCUCGAAAGCCCUGCAUAUCAAUAAUCUUACAGCUAGUAAUAUUAACCCUUCAUUUUGACAUCGUUCUCAGUUCAUACAAAUUCUGUCAGGCAAAGUUGAACGGCACUAUUUUCAGGACACAUUAACAUACUUUUUAAACGCCAACGAAAUCAAUCCUAAUCAAGUCUGCUAUAUUAAAUUGUUUGUCGAAUUGGGGGUUUACAGAAUUAGGGUGGGGUGGGGGGAUUAAACAGUUGAUUAGUAAUCAUUUUGGGAUUUGCGGAAGAGAGAUAUCUCUAUUUAUAACGAAUGUCUUAACACAAUCAUCAAUCUUUCUCUCCCUAGCUACCAACGGAGUCGACCACUGCGUUGCCGUCAAUGCCUACGAGAGGUUUGGAAAUGAGGGGGGUGUUGUAGCGUACGCCACUUGCUGCCAUGUAUAACGGCUUGAGAACUUUCCAGUUUUUGAGACGCCAUGACAAGCCAUCCUCUAAAGACCAUAGAAUCACGUCACUAGGAAAUCUCACACACAUUUUACGGGGGGAAAAAAACCCACAAACCACAAAAGAUCUGUUGGACAGAAGAAAUGAUGACCUGAUAUUUCCAUGUACAAAAAUGAGAUUGAUUAAAAAAUCAGUGAGUUUAACAAUUUUA